CAAACGUGACAUAUCCCUGAUAUGCAUCUUUCUGACCAGACCAGGAAGACCAUCACAGGCAGAGAUAACAGCGACACCACCGACCAACAGUGGGAAUGCACCGGCUAACAGCGUUGCAGCAGGCGGACAGAGAGACAGCAGCUCUUCUCUGCAGGCUGCUGCUGCUGCUGCUGCUGAUGGAGGAGUAGAGUAGGUGUGUGAUGAGGCUCCACUCAUGGCCGUAAAGAACACUUUGUGUCUGCUGCUGCACCACCACCAGCACCACCACCACCACCAGCACCAGCAGUGUUUUGUAAAGGCGCUUUUGUGCAUCACUAAUCCGCUCUGAUGUCACGGUUGCAGAAGGAGGGGCUGAGCUCUCCGCUUUAAUCCGAGGAGCAAGUUGUGUCUGGAGGGACAAGCACAGCCAAACCAAACCAAACCGAGCCGAGCCGAGCAGGCACCGAGAUACAGAGGGGAUGUGUACUGCAGCAGCCGGACCUGGGCCUCUCCUCCUCCUCUGACAUGCAGGCUGUGCUAUGAGCGGGGUUUUCUUGGAGACAAGACGAGCAUGUUCUGAAAAUUGGAGUCGGAUCACACCCCAGCCAUGAGCCACAAGUAUCAGGGAGAGGCAUCCGGGGAAGCAGGCGAGGAGCACAAGGUUCCUCCGAGGAGCAGGCAGCCCAACGGGACGUCGCCCGGGGAACCUCCAGUACGUCGGUCCUGGAGGCCAUGUCAGAUGCUCAACCAGGAUGGGGAACUGAACCCCCAUCAUCAUCAUCACCAUCAUCAUCAGCCUCCUCACCAACACCACCCACCCACAGGUCGCGGACCCCCUCGGCAUCGCCGGCGGCCUCCAUCAGGGCAGGGGCAGGGCCAGAGCCAGGCUCAGAGUCCCGGUCUGGUCCCGUCGGUGACUCCUACCAGGCCAGACGGGGACGAGAGUCGAGACACUGAGCCUCGUCCCGCCCAGCAACCCCGCCCUGCUGUCACCCGUUACCGUCGUCAUGGCGACCCUAACCCCAGACUCAGAGGUCACAGACAGAGGCAACCAAUCAGAGAGAUGCAGGACUCUUCACCUGGUGCGGAUGAGAAAGAGGGUCCAGCAGAGGUGCAGGUAAAGCAACGCUCAUCAGAUGAUCCUGUGACCGACCAAGUGCAGGACAGGGGAUCUCCUCACCAGUCUCCCGUUGCCGUUGUCACCCCCACUCACCUCUCACCUGGUCCUGCAACCAAUAACAUUCAACUUCACCCACAACACACUCCUCCUGCUGAGGCAGAAGAGGACCUCCAGGAGCAUAAAGUGAAGUGUGAAAAGGAAUCGGAGGAAGUUAAGGAGAAGGACGAAGAACAGGAACAAGAACAAGAACAAGAACAAGAACAAGAACAGGAACAGGCGGAGGACGAUGUAGACCACCGCUCAACCACAGGCCACUCCAGCUGCGGCCAUAGCGACGUGCAAACAGUCGAUGACGGAGCAGAGGAACGUGCAGGGAGGGUGGAGGAGGAUCAGGAAGAAGUGAUGGAUGAUGUCGCGGAGGACAUUGCAGCUCAGGGAAGUGAAAUCACCGAUCUCUGCUCCGACACGGAGAGCGCCGCAUCGCUCAGCAUGGACGGACCUCUCCACAGCCCGCCGCCGCUCCAGUCUCCGACUCCUCCUUCGUCCCCAGAUGUUCCACCUUUCCCCCAGCUGGACCACUUCAGUGAGGAUACCAGUAUGAGCCCUGUGCCCGACAACGACCUGCUACCUGAAGAUGAAGACGAGGAUUGCUCUGAAUCGUGCUCGCUGUCUCACUUCACUUCCUGCUCUGACUCUUAUCCUAAAACCUAUGCAGACUUUUAUACAGAGUCCCACCAAAAAUCGUACCAGGAGCCUGUCUACGAGUCGUACUCGGAGCCAAAAUCCCAUCCUAACUCUUUUCCUGAGCCCCUUAAGACCUCCUACCCCGAGUUACACAGAGAACCUCGCAGGCAGUCUGGUUGGAGGAAUGAGUCUAAUGAAGCCCAGCAGGAGUCCCGCCAUGAGCCCUUUACCAGCCAUAGACAGGAGAAUGUACAAAGAGGGACUCCAUCCUCCCCCACUAAGGGCUCCCAUCAUGCCCCAAGGCAGGGCAGAGACCGCAAUUCUCAUCACUCCCCUCCGGACCGCUCUGUUGGUUGCCGAUUGCACCACUACGACGGACAGUCUGAUGAUGAGGGGGACAGCGCCGAUCAAAGUCCCGUUCCCAAAAGUCGCAGGCAGGCACCCAGACAAGCAGAAACCCAGGCCAAGAGCCCCUCGUCUGGGCAGAGCAGCUCAGGAGAUGCCCAGGAGGAGCAGAAUGCGGUGGGUCUCCAGGGGGAAGAGGAUACGAGGGGCUCGGGAGACGCCAUCAGCCUGGCGAUUAAAGACAUUAGGGAGGCGAUUGAGGAGGUGAAGACGAAGACGGUGCGCUCCCCCUAUACACCUGACAAGCCUGUGGAGCCGAUUUGGGUGAUGAGGCAGGAGGUCAGCCCCACAGAGGAGGGAUACCCACUGCAGACUACAGCUGGACAUUCUUCUCCUCAUUCCCCCGCUCAGUCGGUGUCUGAGUCUCCGUCCCGCUACGCCUCAGUUCCAGUUCGGGAGCCGGUCAGUCCGCAUAGAGCUGAGUCAGCCAGAGCGCUUCAUCCUCAGCAUUAUCCCCAACAGCAGCCCCAACAAAACCAUCAUCAUCACCACCACCACCACCCCCAAGGCCACCACUCACAGCAGAGGGACAACGCGAGGCCGCCACCACAGACAUACACACAGCCACACAUGCCACCUAAUCAGCAUCACCAACGUCAACAUCAGCAUCAGCAUCAACAACAGAAUCAACAUCAACAACCGCAGCAUCAGCAGCUUCCAGCUCAGCGGCCGCGACCUCAAGUUCAGCCACAGUCGCCUCCGCAGCAACCGUCUGUCCAGGAGCUUCGCAGAUCUCUUCCUCAGUUUCCAACUUUUGUGGAUGUCCCGGGACCAUGCGACCCUGAAGACCUUAUUGACGGCAUCAUCUUUGCUGCAACCUACCUGGGCUGCACCCACCUGCUGUCAGAGAGGACGCCCACAAAGAGCGCCCGCAUGCAGCAGGCACAGGAGGCCAUGAACAGAGUCCGGGCUGCUCAGAAACAGGCAAAGAACAGGAAAAAGAGCCCCGACGGGGAGGCUGUUUCCACUGCUGAGGUUGAUCUGUUCAUGUCCACGCAGAGGAUCAAAGUCCUCAAUGCAGACACUCAGGAGUCUUUAAUGGACCUGCCACUGAGGACGAUCUCCUACAUAGCCGACAUCGGUAACAUGGUGGUGCUGAUGGCCCGGGGGAAGAUGGUGCGCUCCCGUAGCGCACAGGACAACCUGGACAACACAGCUGAGCAAACCACCAUGACCCACGAUGACAGACGGCUGUACAGGAUGAUCUGCCACGUCUUCGAGUCCGAGGAUGCCCAGCUGAUUGCUCAGUCCAUCGGCCAGUCUUUCAGCGUCGCCUACCAGGAGUUCCUCAGGGCCAACGGCAUCGACCCCGAGGAUCUGAGCCAGAGGGAGUACAGCGACCUGCUCAACACUCAGGACAUGUACAACGACGACCUCAUCCACUUCUCCAAGUCCGAGAACUGCAGAGAUGUUUACAUUGAGAAGCAGAAAGGAGAGAUCCUGGGUGUGGUGAUAGUGGAGUCGGGCUGGGGGUCCAUCCUCCCCACCGUCAUCAUCGCCAGCAUGAUGCAUGUUGGGCCGGCUGAGAAGUCUGGUCGACUCAACAUCGGAGACCAGAUCAUGACCAUCAACGGGACGAGUCUGGUGGGUUUACCGCUCAGCACCUGCCAGAGCAUCAUCAAGGGUCUCAAGUCUCAGUCCAGGAUCAAGAUGAACAUCGUCAGGUGUCCUCCCGUCACCAUGGUGCUCAUCCGCAGGCCGGACCUCAGAUACCAGCUGGGCUUCAGCGUCCAGAAUGGCAUCAUCUGCAGCCUGAUGAGGGGAGGCAUCGCUGAGAGGGGAGGCGUCCGCGUCGGUCACCGCAUCAUCGAGAUCAACAGCCAGAGCGUCGUGGCAACGCCUCACGAGAAGAUCGUUCAGAUUCUGUCUAACGCCAUGGGAGAGAUCCACAUGAAGACGAUGCCUGCAGCCAUGUACCGUCUGCUGACAGCACAGGAGCAACCUGUCUACAUCUGAACACACACACGUCUCACAUCGCAUCACUCCAUCUUUACUACCGUCCAUCCAUCUUUCAGUUGUUUUAAAUCCCUUUCUCCUCUCUGUAUCCUGUUUGAUAUCACUUGACUUGCCUUAAUCUGUACAGUACACUGUCAUGUCAACGUGUACAUCUCCAGUAUGACAGCAGAAGACAGAUUAUCUCACUAGGCCGAGUGUUAAUGUGACGUGUUAUGUUCGACCAAAGAGAAAUCGUGGAUUUUAUUGUGCAUAAUUUAGGUGGCGAAACAGAGUAAAUAUUAUCUUUUGGUUAAAUAGCUGUAAUAUCUGAAUGUACUCGAAAUCAUGUUGGACCUAUAAAUUGUCAGGGCGACCCAGAUGGUAAAGAACUUUUCAAUUCAAGUGGUCAAGUUAAAGGGGAAUGCAUGUACAAUUCUGCUGAAUAAACUCUAAAGAAAAGACGAAG